AUGUAAGAUAUCAUAAACUCUGAUAAUUAAAUCCCAAAAGAAAAUAUUGAUAUUUUCUAAAUAGAUGAUUAAAAAAGUAAUUGCUUACUGUUUCAAAAAAUAUUAGACAAUAAUUAUUUUUAAAGUAUAAUUACAAUUCUAACAUUAUAUGCAUUAUUUGGUGAUGAUAUACGUAUAUUAGCAUUUGGGCCAAACGCUGAUAUAGGUUUUGAUAUAAUAACUUUAAUAGGAUUAAUAUUUUUUUUUAUUGAAUUUUUUUUUAGUGUAUUUGCAAAAUAAGGAUAUAAAUUUUCCUUUUUCUUUUGGUUGGAUUUAAUUUCAAUAGUAUCUCUGAUUUUAGAUAUUUAAUUAAUAAAUAUUUUUUUAUUUUCUCUCUAAACCACAAAUGCGGCAUCUUUAGCAAGAGCAGGAAGAGCAUCUAGGGUAGGUUCAAGAGCUGGAAGGGUUGUUAGAUUAGUUAGACUUAUUAGAAUAGUAAAACUUUAUAAGGCAACACAAGAAAAAAAGGAAGAAAAUCAAGGAGAAAGCGUAUUAGAUUAAAAAAAGAGAAAAAUUAAGUAAAAAUAUUUGGAAUUUGAUUAAAAUAAAAAAAAUGAACAAAAUCAAGAAAAAUAAAGCCUUUAAAAAAAUGAAAAAAACUAAAAAAUAAAAAAUUAGCAAAAACUUGAUUAAUAAAUAUAUAUAAUUAAUCAAUAAUUAAAUAAAAACUCAAUUAUACAAGUAUUAUAAGAGAAUAACUAAAAUAAAGAAUCGAGGGUAAGCAAAAGAUUAUCAGAUUUAAUAACUAAAAGGGUAAUAAUAAUUGUGUUAAUACUAUUAUUUACUAUGCCUUUAUUUUAAGCUGAUUAUUUUUUUGAUCUACCCACAGUUUAAGAUUACGGCCUCAGCUAAAUAGAAAUGGUUUGUUAUAAAAAAGAAUCAACGCAUAAUGAUAUUAAGUUAACAUUUGAAAAGACAAUUGAAUAAAUGAAAAAAUUAGAAACCCCAAUUAUAUAUUUUACAUCUCCUUUUUAAUUUAUUGAAACUUUUUAAGAUUCAGUCGUUAACACUUUAAGAGAUAGCGAAAAAUCGCCUUUUGCGUUAAGUUUGGAUGUUGAAAAAUACAAAUAAGCACAUCCUAAUGAUUUAGAAACUUAUUUGCAUUUAAAAGCUUUAGAUUAAGACCAACUUUAAUUUUCGACCUUUCUUAAUUAGCAAGAUUAAACCUUUUUCGCAUCAGCCCUAUCUUUGGGAAGAACGGUUUUCGUUUGUAUUGUUUUGACAUUUGCAGCUUUACUAUUUUCAAAAGACGCUAAUGACUUAGCCUUAAGGCCAAUUGAACGUAUGAUCAAUAAAGUUAAUUAAAUAGCGAAAAAUCCUAUUAGUGCUAAGGAAUAGGACCUAAUUGAUGCUUCUGAGGAUUAAUAUGAAACCAGUAUUAUUGAAAAUGCAAUUAUUAAAAUCGGGACUUUACUUGCUUUAGGAUUUGGGGAAGCUGGGAGUGAAAUUAUUGGAAGUAAUAUGGCAAAUUUAGGUGAUAUUAAUCCUAUGAUUGCAGGAAAAAAAAAAUGUGCAAUUUAUGGGUUUUGCGAUAUUAGAAAUUUCACUGAUGCAACUGAAGUUUUAUAAGAAGAUGUAAUGAUAUUUGUUAACAAUAUUGGAGAAGUUGUACAUUAAAUGGUUGAUAGAUAUUUGGGUGCUGCAAACAAAAAUAUAGGAGAUGCAUUUUUAUUAGUAUGGAAAUUACCAUAAAAUAAAUAUUCAAUAUCAAAAGAUAAUUAAAUAAGUUUCAAAGAUACUGAAUUAAUCAAUAUGUAUUCAGAUUUCUCACUUAUCUCGUUUAUGAAAAUCCAUGCAAAACUAAACAGAGAACCAAAACUACUAGCAUAUAGGCAAGAUAAACGCUUAAGCUAAAGAAUGAAGGACUAUAAGAUAAAAAUAGGUUUUGGAUUACAUAUAGGAUGGAGUAUUGAAGGCGCGAUCGGUUCUGAAUUUAAAAUAGAUGCUUCUUAUCUUUCCCCUAAUGUAGGAAUGGCAAGUAGACUUGAAGGAGCUACAAAAAAUUAUGGAGUCUCUAUACUUAUUUCUUCUUAAUUAUAUGAUUAAAUUUCUGCUAGUCUAUAAAAAUUAUUAAGAUAAGUAGAUUUUGUUACUAUUAAAGGCUGGGCAAAACCUAUAGGUUUUUAUACUAUAGAUAUGAAUAUUAAAGAUAUUCCACAAUCAAAAGGUUUGGAUUCUAAUUUAUCUGAAUAGGAAAAAAAAAAAAUUGAUAAAUCAAAAAAACAAACGGUUUUGGAAUUCGUAAAAUAGAGAUGUUUUCAUGCAGAAACUUAUAUCAGAAAAAAUAAAGAUUUAAGGCUUCUUUUGAGAGAUUUUAAUAUGGAUUUCUUAAAAAAAUAUAAUUAAGCUUUUAAAUUAUAUAUAUAAGGAGAUUGGAAGUAAUCGAAAUAAAUAUUUGAUGAAAUUCUUAAAACAAAUGAAAGUGACGGGCCUACUAAAGCUACUUUAGAAUUUAUGGAAAAAAAUAAUUUUGUAAUCCCAGAAGGAUGGGAAGGACAUAAACCUUAUAUUGAUUGA